AACUCACCGCCGUUGACGCAAACUCCUGCUACAAUCGCACUCCCACAGAGAUAUUCUUUUCCUUGCAGGUCUCUCAGCAUCCCGCCAACAACCAUUACCUGGUCGUCCCGUGUUGAACAAGAUGUCGACCGCUGCGCGCCGCCGACUGAUGCGAGACUUCAAGAGGAUGCAGACCGAUCCUCCCGCCGGUGUCUCCGCAUCUCCCGUCCCCGAUAAUGUCAUGACCUGGAACGCUGUCAUCAUCGGUCCCGCGGACACGCCAUUUGAAGAUGGAACAUUCCGGCUCGUGAUGCACUUUGAGGAGCAGUACCCGAACAAGCCGCCCUCGGUGAAGUUCAUCAGCCAGAUGUUCCACCCCAACGUCUACGCCACCGGCGAGCUCUGCCUCGACAUCCUCCAGAACCGCUGGAGCCCCACAUACGACGUUGCAGCUGUCCUCACAAGCAUCCAGAGCUUGCUGAAUGACCCAAACACCGGAUCGCCGGCCAACGUCGAAGCGUCGAACCUCUACAAAGACAACCGCAAGGAAUAUACCAAGAGGGUGAGGGAGACGGUGGAGAAGAGCUGGGAAGACUGAAGGCUGGCGGGUCUCAAUCGUUCGGCGGCAAGCCGAAAUCGCAGUACUUCAGGCCGCGCCCUCCCUCUUGUAUGGAGUUCUGGAGUCUUGGAUGAUUUACGUCUAGCAUUUUCGACGGGUGUCAUAGUAUUAGGCGUUGGCAGCACAGUCCUCAAGCUCGGUCGGCAGUUGAGCGUCCCGGGAGGAGAAGGCUCGGGAUCCCGAAUGGGGAGGGGAAGGCGGGGGCGCGACUGGAGUUACUUGGGAACCCACCUAUCAUCAUUGGAAGUGACUCGGAGGCCUAGGUACUUAGUUGCAUGAAUGGUCUUUUCUCCUC